AAAACGGAGCCACUUUCCCUUUCUCUCUCCUGAAGCUUCGUCUUUAGAUUUCUUUACUAAAAGUAAAGCCUUCCCCCAGUUGGAGCGCCACCACCGCUAGCCCUAAAGCCCUGGGUUUUUGGUGCUCGGCUUCUUUCCAUUUCUUCACCUAGUUUCACCCAAGAGUUCGCUAGGGUUCAUUUCUUCACUUUUCAAUCUUCAAAUCAAAGUUCCAAUGGCGAGAGCUCCGGUCGGAACAGUGAACCCCGGUGCCCGAACUGGGGUUCGAAUUGUCGUAGCCGGAGACCGGAGCACUGGAAAAUCGAGUUUGAUUGUCACUGCUGCGGCAGAGAAUUUCCCUGUGAAUGUUCCUCCACUAUUGCCACCAACAAGGUUGCCUGAGGAUUUCUAUCCCGACCGUGUCCCCAUCACAAUCAUUGAUACUUCAUCUCGCCCCGAGGAUAAUGGUAAAGUUGCAGAUGAAUUGAAGCGGGCUGAUGCAGUUGUUCUUACUUAUGCAUGUGAUCAACCACAGACACUUGAUCGAUUGAGUACCUUCUGGCUUCCUAAACUUCGUCAACUAGAGGUGAAGGUCCCAGUCAUAGUGGUGGGGUGUAAACUAGAUUUGAGAGAUGAGAACCAGCAGGUGAGCCUGGAACAAGUGAUGUCCCCCAUAAUGCAACAGUUUCGGGAGAUUGAAACUUGUAUUGAGUGUUCAGCAUUAAAACAUAUUCAGAUUCCUGAAGUUUUCUACUAUGCACAAAAAGCUGUGCUUCAUCCAACAGGCCCACUAUUUGACCAGGAAUCACAAACUUUAAAGCCUCGAUGUGUGCGGGCCUUGAAGCGGAUUUUUAUUCUUUGUGACCAUGACAGAGAUGGUGCUCUCAGUGAUGCAGAGCUGAAUGAUUUUCAGGUUAAAUGUUUUAAUGCUCCAUUGCAACCUUCUGAAAUAGUGGGUGUUAAGAGGGUUGUGCAAGAGAAGAUUCCUGAAGGAGUCAAUGAGCGUGGACUUACUUUGACAGGAUUCCUCUUCCUGCAUGCACUAUUUAUCGAAAAGGGGCGUCUAGAAACAACUUGGACUGUUCUCAGGAAAUUUGGAUACAAUAAUGAUAUAAAACUUGCAGAUGAACUCAUUCCAGCUCCAUCAAAACGAACUCCUGAUCAGAGUGUGGAGCUGACUAAUGAAGCCAUUGAGUUCCUUAAAGGAAUCUUUGAGGCAUAUGACAGUGAUUUGGAUGGGGCACUCCGACCUCGUGAACUUGAAGAAGUAUUUUCUACAGCUCCAGAAUGUCCAUUCAGUGAGGCUCUUUAUAAGGAUGCUGCAGAGGCAAAUGCUUUUGGAGGCCUGUCUCUUGACGGAUUUUUAUCCAAGUGGGCUCUCAUGACACUCCUAGAUCCAACUUUUAGCAUGGAAAAUCUGAUAUACAUCGGUUAUUCUGGUGAUAUUUCAUCAUCAAUCCGCGUGACUAGGAAGAGGCGUUUAGAUCGAAAGAAGCAACAAUCAGAAAGAAAUGUCUUCCAAUGUUUUGUCUUUGGCCCUAAGAUGGCUGGAAAGUCUGCAAUAAUUGAUUCUUUUCUUGGAAGGCCUUUCUCUGAUACCUACAAUCCAACCACAGAAGAUCGGUAUGCAGUGAAUGUUGUUGAUCAGCCUGGGGGCACAAAGAAAACCCUUGUGUUGAGAGAGAUUCCUGAAGAUGGAGUCGGAAAACUGCUAUCAAGCAAAGAAUCUUUGGCUGCUUGUGAUGUUGCUGUGUUUGUUCAUGACAGUUCUGAUGAGUCAUCAUGGAAGAGGGCAACUGAGUUGUUGGUUGAAGUUGCUGGUCACGGUGAGGAUACCGGAUAUGAGGUGCCUUGCCUCAUUGUUGCAGCUAAAGAUGACCGGGAUUCAUUUCCUUUAGCCAUACAACAUUCUACGAGGGUUAGUCAAGAUAUGGGAGUAGAAGCUCCUAUACAGAUUAGCACGAAGCUGGGUGAUUUUAAUCACGUAUUCCGCAAGAUUAUAACCGCUGCUGAGCAGCCUCAUUUGAGCAUUCCUGAAACUGAAGCUGGGAGAACCCGAAAGCAAUACCACCGGCUUAUUAACCGUUCUCUGAUGUUUGUUUCAGUUGGAGCUGCAGUGGCCAUCGUUGGCUUGGCAGCUUACCGUGUCUAUGCUGCAAGAAAGAACACCUCAGGCUAAAGGAAUAAAAGGCCUGGAUUGUCUGCGUCGACGAUCAGCUUGCUUCGUUUUCGCUUGCUUUGUCAAAUACAAUAGUUGUGAGAUGCUGCGUUAUCUCCAAAACUCCCACUUUGCUGGGUCACUUGAGACAGUUUUAUGCAUAGAAUAUUUCUGAAGUCCUUUUCUAUAUAUUUUCUCUCUCCCACCCUUAAUAUUCCUUUCCUUCAGUGCUUGUAUUCUUUGUAGUGGUUUAUGAAGAAGUCAUAUAACUAAAUAUAAAUUGAUUGGUGAUCAUUGUUUCAACACA